AUGUCAGCCAGUCGACAGUACGCAGCCCCAUCCAGUGUUGAUGCUCGGCACCUUGCAUCUUCCAACAUCAAUUCUGACUCGCCAACGUCUCAACCAGCUAAAGGUGGCCACUCAGCCAGCCGCGAUACAGGCCCUGAAGAUGCUGCACUCAAUAUCCUCUGUCACACGGCAGCUAAGCUUGGCUAUAUGCAGGACGUGGGUUACGGGUUUGACGUAGCCACCUUUGGGGCGAACGCAAUGAAUAGUUACUCGAGGAAAGCUGAAAUUUCACGAGCGGAUUACCAGUCUACCAAUAGUAAAUCCGGAGUCUCUCAGCAGGCUGGUUCGCAUGGUAUCACUAAUCUCUCUGAUACCUUUGACGAGACACAGAACUUUAUUCAGGGCAGGACCAACCUCGAGAUACUGGUCAGAGAUGCGAAAUUCUCACCUGAGACGCCCCCGCUACUCCCAGCGGCGGGAACCCAGCUACAGGCCGUGGCUACCAGUGGCACCCACGCGCGUCAAGUCGGAACUGCAAAUGCCCUUGAGGGACUUUGCGGUGUCAGGCUGAAGAAGCGUCGACGGGAACAGACAUCGAAUCUCUCACAUGUAAAACACACCGAAAGCUCUGAUGAUGGUGCUCGGGGUUCAAAGAGAACUAAAGUGGACUGUGACUGUGAAGAUGAUCAUACAUGGUGGAUGACCAUCAAGAUUGGAGAGAUGAAUGAAGUUCUUCAACGAAUCGAUACUGCGAUAGGUGUGGUUAAGAUGUUGUCAAACGGGUCAAAUGACUUGGGCAACAUUAUAACUGAAUGCAAUCUGAUCAAUCUACUUAAAGAGUCCCGGGCGAUUCUGGAUGGUGCGAAAGACGAUAUGAAAACAGAAGGUGGAAGAGAUAGAGAAACCACAGAAUAG